UUCUCCUAAAUUCUUCUUCUUCUCCGGCGAAGAAAUUGAAAAUUCAUUAACCCUAAAACCCUAAUAAAACUCAAGUCUCGUCAGAAACCACCGAGCAGCUUUUGACAUGGACGGUGCCACUUACCAAAGAUUCCCAAAGAUCACGAUCCGUGAGCUUAAAGAUGACUACGCCAAGUUCGAGCUUCGUGAAACCGACGUAUCCAUGGCCAACGCUCUCCGUCGCGUUAUGAUCUCCGAAGUCCCAACAGUCGCAAUAGAUCUCGUCGAAAUCGAGGUUAAUUCCUCAGUUCUCAACGACGAGUUCAUUGCUCAUCGAUUAGGUCUCAUUCCUCUCACUAGCGAGCGUGCUAUGAGCAUGCGGUUCUCUCGAGAUUGUGAUGCUUGUGAUGGAGAUGGACAGUGCGAGUUUUGCUCUGUUGAGUUUCGGCUUAGUGCUAAGUGUGUUACUGACCAAACCCUAGAUGUUACUAGUAGGGAUUUGUACAGUGCUGAUCCUACUGUUACUCCGGUUGAUUUCACUAUUGACUCGUCGGCUUCUGAUUCAAGCGAGCAAAAGGGAAUCAUCAUUGUGAAACUGCGUCGGGGACAAGAGUUGAAGCUUAGGGCGAUAGCGAGGAAAGGGAUUGGGAAAGAUCAUGCGAAAUGGUCUCCUGCAGCUACUGUUACGUUUAUGUAUGAGCCUGACAUUAUUAUCAAUGAAGAUAUGAUGGAUACUUUGUCAGAUGAGGAAAAAAUCGACUUGAUUGAGAGCAGUCCAACCAAAGUGUUUGGCAUUGACCCAGUCACCAGACAGGUUGUGGUGGUUGAUCCUGAAGCAUACACUUACGAUGAAGAAGUGAUCAAGAAAGCUGAAGCAAUGGGGAAACCGGGACUCAUUGAGAUCCAUCCGAAAGAUGAUAGUUUUAUAUUCACUGUUGAAUCCACAGGUGCAGUGAAGGCUUCCCAGCUGGUGCUAAAUGCGAUAGAUAUCCUGAAGCAGAAGCUUGAUGCAGUCCGUCUCUCAGAUGACACCGUAGAAGCUGAUGAUCAGUUUGGUGAACUCGGUGCCCAUAUGCGUGGAGGAUGAACUCGUGGUUAAUUCAAGCUCUUUGUUUUACCUGUUUGUUUCGGAUUUGAAUUUCUUCUAGACCAGACUAGUAUAUUAACCGCAGCGGCGCUGUCUUGUUUGAUAACAACAUGUGAAGUGGCAGUCUUCUGUUUGUUCCGGACCCCUGAUCCUUCUGUUCCUGAAUCUUGUUAAGUUGAGUUAUUUAGUCGUGAGGAUUAAAUUCAAUUAUUGGAU